AGUCGUUUGCCACCCCUGACUGUCGAGGGAAGCCCGCGCAUCACUUUUGGCAAAUUCUCGUAAAAUAUUUCGUGCAAACUAAAAAAGAUUUUGAGAACUUAAUUAACAAAGGACUAUGGAUUGUUGCACUCGUUUCGUGCAUGUUACCCUGUGCGCCAGUUGCCAUCGCGUUUUGAUACACUAGUUUUUGCAUUUGUAUUACUUUGUGGGUGUAUUGCGUGCUCGAAGUUUUCGUCGAGUGUAAUUUUCUCGUCAUCUUAGAUUUUUGAUUAGCGUCACGUUUGGUUCAGUUAUGCCGCGUGGAUUUUGUGUAAUUUACUAAAAAUGUUUGCGUUGGUGAUAUUUUUUCUGACACAAUGCGUGGCAGUGAACAUAACCCGGAUAGAAGUGCCAGCUCUGGUGGAAGUGGGGACGAACUAUGUAAUCUUGGACUGCGAGUACAGCACCGGACAGCUAAGCCCCGCGCCUGGCCUGGUCAUGAAGUGGUUCUUCAACGGGUCCGCCAACCUGGUCUACCAGUGGAUACCGCCCAUGCGCCCGCAGGUCAUUGGCCUGCUGAAAGGAAAAGUUGACUUAAAUUUUAGGAUCUCUGAGGAGCCAUUGCAAGCGUACCGAGCCAUUAAAAUAUUGAGACCCACCACGGAUCUGAGUGGAAACUACACGUGUGUCGUCUCUACUUUUUUGGAGGAAGACCGACAAACCAGAUCCAUGCUAGUUUAUAGUACCGGCAAGAGCUUUAGUUUUAUUCAAGAAAAGAAAUAUGUAUUCCUGGUCACACUUAUUUGUGUCGCUGCAGAUUUGUACCCACGACCAGUGAUGACUAUUUUGUCACAAGGAAAGGCUUUGAGUCAGGCCGUGACAGACAUGAGAAUGGACUCGUGGGGUCUGUACACCGUGGAGACGCAGGCGGUGGUGCACGACGAUGACGUGGCGACGCCCUGGGAGGAGUUCGUUUGCGUCCUAAGUCUCCCGUCCACUAACUACACAGUUAACCUAACUACGAUAUAUCAUCCAGGCUUGAUGCCGACUGCGUACAAAGAAGCUCCUGAAGUAGAGAAGCCUCAGGAACGCCUAGCAAAUGAAAAUGGUGCCCCAACAUCGGCGCCAUCGAUCAUCUUCAUAGUGUAUAGAAUACUUACAAUUGUUUUAAAUUGUUUUGACUAUACAUGAAUAUUAUAAACUUUCUAUUGAAUUUAAAUAAAAGUACUUAUAAAAAUAUAUACGUAAGAAUGGCUGCACCUAGUAAUUAAGACUAAGUUUUGUUUGACUUAUCUUUUAAAGAUAAAUGCUAUAAAAACUUUUUCAAUUUCCUCUAAGUCCUGACCAGACGGAAAAUAUUUGAUUUUACAGACAAAAAUAAUAAUUGAAAAAUCGGCCUUUAGAUUUUGUAUACUUACCUAAAAGAUCUAGGCUUUAUAACAAAUGUUAUCUUAAACUACGUAAUUAAUAUUAAACGUUAGCGAUAAAUCAUAAUGACUUUGUUACUUUGAAAAUUGUUGUUGAAUUGGCGAAAAACUGUGAUAUUGUUUGUUUCUGUUACUAGUUUAUAAAUGGUAAUUUAAAAUACAACUGGAUUUGUAAAUGUAUUCUGUUUUCUUCUAAAUUUACAAACAACUUUGAAAAUUGGACGUAAGUCGUAAAAGAAUUGAGACAAUCUAAGUUUUCAUUCUGUGUUCUAGAAAAUAUGUAGAACAUCUAAAUUGCGUAAUGUAAAUAUAAAAAGAUUUUUUACGGCAUACAAUUGACCACAAUAUAAAUGUAAGAAUAAAAUAUAAGCAAGCAGGUAUAAGUACAUAUGUAUAGAUUUUCAAGAACUAGAUUUACAAACAUGAUAGUGAGGCUAUUUAACCUUACUCGUUCAUAAAUGAAAGCGCUGACAAAAUAGACAUGAAAAAACUAGUUAAAAAUAAUACCAUAAACAUAAGUAUAUUUAGUUUUGUUAAAUAGAUAAAUCUAAUGUAAGCGAACAUGACUGUUAGCAUAAGUUAAUGUAAUCAAGCUUUUGAUGUAAAACAAAACUGUGAAUAAAUUUUUCUUACAUAAA